UCGAACCUUGGCAUGUCAGCGAAACCUCAGGCGUUAGCCUGCCUGCUGCUCAUGUCUGCAUUCAUGCUCAUGCAUUUAAUGCCGUAAGAUAAGAUUUGCUAUUCUAAGCAUACAAAGCGCCAUGUUCUCCAUUUUUACCAAGAUAAAAGAACGCGUCGAGGCUUUUCUGAAUGAGAAGAACAUCGUAACGGACUGCCUCAACAAAAUCGAGGAAAAAACUGGAAUUAAGAAGCGUUAUCUCGCAAUAGGAGCUGUUUCUGCAACUGGACUGUACUUGUUGUUUGGAUAUGGAGCCUCUCUGCUCUGCAACCUGAUUGGCUUCGUUUAUCCUGCAUAUUUCUCUAUAAAGGCUAUCGAAAGUCCAAACAAAGACGAUGACACACAGUGGCUAACUUACUGGGUGGUGUAUGGAUUCUUUGGUGUGGGUGAAUUCUUCUCUGAUAUCUUCCUCUACUGGUUUCCUUUCUACUAUGUGUUCAAGUGCCUGUUCUUGUUGUGGUGCAUGGCCCCGUUCUCCUGGAAUGGCUCUCAGGUGCUGUACAGGCAUGUGGUGCGGCCAUUUUUCCUAAGGCAUGAGGCCACUGUGGACAACAUGGUCAGCAAUCUUAGCGGGAAGGCCAUGACGGCUGCAGAAUCUGUCACAAGAGAAGUUCUUCAAAGUCUGGCAAAAAACAGGACCAUUCACCCAGGUGACAGAGCUGAGCCGCCCAAAGAACUUCCCAGUUCAUCUCCUAAAGAACCCAGUAUAGACUAAAAUCUAUGCAGGAAGCUGUUUCCUCUCAUACAAAGUCUCUGGAAGAGACAAAAAGUAAUGGAUCUACAUUAAACACCAGCAGGUCU